AUGCUUUGGAAAACAAAGAUCUUCGUUGGCAGAUUACCAGAGAAUUGUAAGAGUGAGGAACUGCGCCACCUAUUUCUCCGUUUCGGCGAAGUGACCGAGUGCGAUGUGAUGAACCGCUACGGCUUUGUACACAUGGCUCGUGAGGAGGAUGCUGCAGAAGCGAUCAGAUCUCUCCACAACACAGUGUUCAAAGGGGCUACCAUUAACGUUGAGCAGUCUACCGGCAAAUCGCGAGGGCGUCGAGAUGACAGGCGCGGCGGCCCUAUGCGCGGUGGCAGAGGAGGACGAGAUGGAGGCCGCGAUACUCGUCCCGGUCCGUAUAACGACAGGAGAGUACUCCCAAUACAUAACGUUGGCUAUGAUGGGUCGGCCGCUGGUGGCGGCGGAUAUACAGAUUAUAAUAGAGGCGGUGGUGACUUCAGCGGUCGGGGUGAUUUCAGCGGGGGAUACAAUGAUCGAGGAGGUUACGGACAAAAUGUUGGCGGCGCCGCAAUGGGAUAUACAUCAACAGCACCAAUGGGUGGAUAUGGACCAGCUGGUGGUGCAGUUGGAGGCUAUGGACCCACAGGUGCUGUAGAUUACGGCAGGACCGACUACGGCAGAACGGCUGAUUUCGGUGCGCGAACAGACUAUGAAAAUCAAGGAGAUUUUCCAAUGUGCGACUACUCGGUGGCAGGUGGCGGCAUGGCAGGUGACUUUAACAGAGCAGCACCAGGACCUGUCGACUAUGGCCGAACAGAUAACUUUGCUGCCGGUAGGGCUGACGCGUAUGCUCCACGUGCGGAGUACGACCGCACGGCGGCUGGGCCGAUGAGAAAUGGAAGUGGUGGUGUUGCUGCAGGUGGCUACGGGGCUGGAUAUGGUGAUGUUGGACCAAUCAGUGGAGCACCUAGCUACAGUACUGGUGGACCUAGCUACAACACUGGUCCUGGACCACAAGCAGACAUGUUCAGCCGAAGAGCUGGAGGAACUGUUCCCAGUGGUGGAUAUCAAGUUGGAGGAUACACAGAAGGAUAUGACAGAGCAGAUCCCUAUGGUCCUCCUCGUGGAGGUGGUCGCUUCCCAGGUCCGGCAGACGCGAUGCCACCGAGGUACUAAUUAACCGAAAGUACCUACGAAUCAAAGCGAAUAAUAACAUGCAAAAUGGCAAAUAAAAAAGUUUGAUUGCCGAUGAGAAUACAGCGGUUUAAGUGCGCAAACUUACGUCUACAUACCAACGCCCCUCUCAAACUCAACCCACUUACCUUAUAAAUGCAGUUUCAUUCGUGUAAACAUAAUUACAUAAUUACUAGAUUAUAAAAUUUGAAAACAAAUACAAGUAAACGAAGCCGAUCGAAUUAAAGCUAUGUAUCAAGGUUAAGUGUGGAAUAUAAAGGUAAUACGAAAGGAUAAAUGCAAAACUUUGUAAAGAGAAUUCGAGUCUGCGCAGGAGCGAGAUUUGGACGAGCACAGAAGCCAUUCGACAACUAAAAAUUGUAAUAGAAAUUUAACAUUUUUAUACUGUUGAUUUUGUCGAAAAAAUCUUGACAAACCUACUUACAAAUAUUACAUACAUUUGAAAAAAGAAAGCAAAGUGAGCAUUCGUUUCGAUGAACGUAGCUUAACGAUUGAAGAAUUGUAAAGGGCAAGAAUUAAGACUUGCAAUUUUAGGACACACCAAUUUACUUAGGCUAUAAACAGAAAUAAAAAAGGUGAAUUAUUUCUUCCUAGUUUAGUGUUACUUGAUAUUAUAAUGGACACACUAGUGAUUUGUUUAGACUUACUGUAUAAUUUUCUUCUUUCCUUUUUUAUAUAUGUAAGAAUCUGGAAAAAGUGUUUUAGAGGAUAUUCAUUAAUAAAACGAGAGGAAAUGCUUAAAGCUGCUUUCAUUAAA